AGCCAAAGAUUCAAGCAACCUCAAACAGCAGCGACCGAAACAACCAAACAUGUCCCUGAAGGCGGUGAAAAACUCCUACGUAGUGGCAGUGGUUCUCUAUUUGGCCUGCACCGCCUACGGAAUCAAUCCAUCAGAUCCGUUUAGCAGUACUGCCGACUCAGUCGGUGCCAAGACCCGAUCGGUUGAACUAACCGGGCAGGAGGAUAAACCUCAGAAAAUGUUUGUUAUUCGAUCCCCGAAGGACAACUUUGGCCUCGAAAAGCGGCAAGCGGGCUUCUACUACGACAAUAAACCCGGCGAGCCACGUCUUCCAAAGUACAAUUUCGGGGUAGGCAAACGAGGGAGCUUGAACGUCUUUGACAACGAAGAUGAAACGACCGGAAACGGACUGAUUGAACGAGAGCUUCAGCGUUCCGGCAAGCGGGCUUCCGAGUUUGAUUACGGACUCGCGAAGCGCGGGGAUGAAGAGGAAAAGAAGAAGGACCGGUACAAUUUUGGACUGGGUCGUCGUUAGGCCUUCGACGGCAUACCGGACGAAGGCGAAUUAAAAUUUGAAUUCCUGAACGGCUUUUUUGGCACCAUCAUUACGACAGUGAAAACACAAUUUUACCGAACGCAGAAAACCCUUUCUCCAUCUCUCAUAAUCUCUUAUUAAUACACUCGAUAGUGAAUCGAAGCCGUUUUUAAAAUAUUUAUCUCUGUUGUGAAAGUUUCAAAAAAUAGUGUCAAAGCCAAAAAUUUUAUUUGAAUAGUUAUAACAAUUUAAUCUUUAAGGCUCAUGCCUUCACUAAACAUUAUCAUUGCUUAACAUUAACUUCAGAAUGGUUAACAUUAACUUAAAUAUUAUAUAGAAAAAAAAUAAUAAUGGUUGGCAAAAUAGUUGCCAUUCUUCUCGAAAAUACUUUAUCAACUUAGAGCUGCUUAAAAGUACAAAUAAACCAACAUAACAAGAAGCAAAAUUUUUUGAAGCCUUAGAAAUCAUUUGAAACCGAAAUAAAACACAUUUAUUGCUCAAUAAACCCUCCUGACACCUAAA